GCUAAAUACCUGACUGGCUGGAUCAUUUUUGGGCUCUUUACAGAUUUGCCGACUUCAAAUGGGUAUCUCAUAGUUGAAGCAAAUGGUGGUCUGAAUCAACAGCGUCUUUCUAUCUGCGAUGCAGUUGUUGUGGCCAGCUUGCUUAAUGCAACUCUUGUGAUCCAAAUAUUUCAUUUGAAUAGCAUUUGGCGCGAUCCUAGCAAAUUUAGUGAUAUUUUUGAUGAAGAUCGUUUUAUCGGGACACUCAGACAACAUGUAAGAGUUGUGAAGGAACUCCCAAAAGAUGUUCUGCUGCAUUUCAAUCAUAAUAUAAGCAGCAUACAAAAUAUGCGAACUAAAGCCUACUCAUCCCCAGAUCAAUUAUUUGUUACACAUCGAGGCGCCAUAUUAGUGUUUCUUAUUAUCUACCUUGAUGCCAUACUAAUUUCUCUGAUUCCAAAAUUGCUGGCACCACUUCCUGGUGCCUGUUGGUGCAAGGACCCAUGCCUUCCAUCUGAGAAAUGUAAAGGAUGGAUCAAUUGGCAUAGUCAGCUCAUGUUUAGUUCUUUGUCUCUCAGACGGCAUGCAUCUCUCAACACAAUCCUAGGUGUUGGUAUGAUGCUGCGAGGCAUGGGGUUUGACAAUACAACCUUCCUCUACGUUGCCUUCGGUAAAAUAUACAAUGCUGCAAAAUACAUGGCUCCCCUUCGCCAGAUGUUCCCUCUUCUACAAACCAAGGACACUCUUGCAUUGUCUGAAGAGCUUGCUGAGUUUGAGGGGUACUCUUCUCGGUUAGCAGCAUUAGAUUACACCGUCUGUGUUCAGAGCGAAGUGUUUGUGACAACUCAAGGGUGGAACUUCCCUCACUUUUUGAUGGGACACAGGCGUUACCUAUUAGGAGGGAAUGCAAAGGCAAUAAAACCCGACAAACGGAAGCUGGUCUUAUCUUUUGACGACCCAAAUAUCAGGUCAGAACCUAAUGAUUCCAUAUACACCUUCCCAAUGCCUGAUUGCAUGUGCCAACAAGAUGGAAUAUGAUCUAGGCGUUAGCAUACAUAAUUGAGCGAUGCAUAUCCUCUGCCUUUGUGCAACAAAGGCACCAAAGGCACGACAUUGUUGACUGCAUGAUCAGGAUUUGAUGGUCAUGAUGAAAACUGGAGUGAAAUAAAGCAUUUGGUGCUUCUCAGGAGAUUCUAGAACCCUCUGGCAUACCCCAAACCGUUCGAUUCUGGAUAUAAUGGUGAAAAGGUGCCUAAUGACAAUGAAUUCCAUAGGAUCAGAAAUUGAGAGGAUGUGAGGGAUUUUGUAAAGUUAGUAAUCUGUAGGUAGUCCACCAUAUAGCAAUCUCCAUUUGUUCAAUCUGUCUGUAGGUUGUUAAAGAAAAGAGCUACGAUAUUGGGUUGUAGAUAUGAGUACAACCUGAGUGCCUCAAUGUAUAUUAAAAAACAAGGGCUAACAACAACAAAGAAAGGAAUUUUUCAGUAUAUCAUUACUCAUCAGUGCUUGUUCUCGCA